GGUCAAGAACGCCUUAGCUUUAAAUAUAGAUCAAUGCUUCUAUUGGUCUGAUUCGACAAUAGCAUUAUCCUGGAUCAGAUCCAAUCCACAACACUGGAAAAUAUUCGUGGCUAACCGUGUCAAUCAAAUUCAGUCCCUAACUGACAGCAACUUGUGGAAUUAUGUAAAUACACACGAAAAUCCCGCGGAUCUUUUGUCCCGUGGCCUUGAUCCUAAAAACCUAAUUAGUAAUACCUUGUGGUGGCAUGGGCCGCACUGGCUUGUUUCUUCUGAAGAAGAGUGGCCUACAAAAUCUUUGGAAAUUUCCAAUAAUAUUGAUAAUUCAGAAAAACGUAUAGAGAAGCCUAUCUCCUUCAUGGCCACAGCUUCUUCCUUUGAUCUUUUAGAAAGAUUCUCGACAUUAACCAAGCUUCAAAGAGUAACUGCUUACUGUUACCGAUUUUUCAAAAACUGUCGAGAACCUUGUAAAGGCAAACGUAAAAUCGGCCACUUAGAAACAGUAGAGCUAAAACUUGCUCUCAGUAAGCUUGUAUCUAUGGUUCAAAAAUGUGAAUUUCCAAGGGAAUAUAAUGAUCUCAAAAACUUAAAAAAUAUUAGCCCUAAAAGUAAAUUAUUAAAACUUAAUCCCUACCUUGACCAAGAUGGUUUAAUCCGAGUUGGAGGUAGAUUAAAACAUUCCGACUUUAAUUAUGAAAAAAGGCACCCUGCCAUUUUGCCUGGGAGGCAUGUACUCUCUAAACUAAUAGUAACAUAUGAACAUAUUAGACUAUUACACGCAGGUCCUCAACUAUUAUUAGCCUCUGUUAGGGAUCGAUUUUGGCCUACUUCGGGCAGAAACCUAGCUAAGCAAGUAGUAAAACAAUGUACACGUUGCUUUCGUUUUAACGCUACUUCAGCUUCACACAUAAUGGGAAACUUACCAGACUUUAGAGUGACACAAAAUAGGCCAUUUUAUAACGUUGGGGUUGAUUACUGUGGCCCAUUGUUAAUAAAGGAUCGUUCUACUCGAAACUAUAAAACUAGCAAGGCUUGGGUGUGCUUGUUUGUGUGUCUUAGUGUGAAGGCUAUUCACUUGGAACUGGUAUCCAGUUUAAGUACUGAAGCUUUUAUCGCGACGCUUCGUAGGUUCUUUUCGAGAAGAGGUAUAAGCGCGAAUAUUUACUCAGAUCAUGGAUCAAACUUCGUCCGCGCUAAAAAUGAAAUAUCUAAUUUUUUAUUCAAAAAUCAAAAUGCUUUGAAAUCUGAGUUUUCUCAAGAAAAUAUUCAAUUUCAUUUUAUUCCUCCACAUUCUCCCCACUUCGGUGGAAUAUGGGAGGCAGGAGUUAAAUCCUCAAAGUAUCAUAUCAAGAGAGUGCUUAAUCAGACACCUCUUACUUUUGAAGAAUUCUCAACCGUCCUCACUCAGAUUGAGGCAUGUCUUAAUUCGCGACCCCUAUACCUUUAUUCCGAGGAUCCUAAUGAUCCUCAGCCAAUCACUCCUGGUCAUUUUCUCGUAGGCCAACGCUUAACUGCUUUACCUAGUCACUAUUAUUUGGACAUAAAGGACAAUGGCCUCACCAAACUACAACGACUUCAGAAGAUAGUUCAAGGCUUCUGGAAAAGAUGGUCUAAGGAAUUCAUCUCCGAACUACAACAGCGGUCAAAGUGGAAGACGAACUGCAAGGACCUUCUGAAACCUGGGGUUGUCGUUCUUAUCAAAGAAGAUGGAGUACCUCCAUUGAAGUGGAAACUUGGUUUGGUGCAAGCUGUUCAUCCUGGAUCCGAUGGAGUUGUUCGAACCGCCACCAUCAAGACUGCAUCAACGGUUAUCAAGAGACCAGCGGUAAAGCUUUGUGUUUUACCCAGAUGCGAAUAAUCGUAUUGAAGCCUUUAGGCUGUCAAGGGGGGCGGUAUGUUCGAUAUUUAUAUGCAAACCCAACGUCCAUAAA